UUGGACAAUAUUUUAUUUAUUUAUAUAUAUAUACAUAUAUUUUGUUGACUGAAUCUCUUGAAACGCUUACCAUGACACAAGAACAUCAAAUGAUUGAAAUUAAUUUAAAUGCACCCAAUACGCCAGAGGACAAGCAAAUGAAUAUUGUUGGCAACGUAGAGUUAGGUAAAGGAUCGAAGUUGGUACCUUUUAUGGAUGGUGAGGAGGCAGUAGCUAUUCCACGUCAGCAAAAGCUAACAUCAUGGGCACCAAAAAUCGUGGAUGACGGUAAGCCGCAUAUACGUUUCUUUGCAGUUGGACCCAGUAGUUAUCAAAUACGCUGUCCUUUGUGUAAACAACGUGCGGAUACCGAAACUGUACAAAUGGCCGGCGCUUUGGGUCAACUCAGUUGUCUAUUAUCUACGCUUUCAUGCUGUUUUCCAAUUUUUUCCUUAUCCUUCGUGUACUUUUGUCUCCAGAGUCGUCUUAAAAGUAAGCGUAUGUUUUGCAAUACCUGCGGUGGUUAUUUGGGGUAUUAUUGGCGGCCAUCGUAAAAUAAUGUAAAAUUAUAUUGUAUCUCAAAAUUUCAAUUCUUUAAUUUAAAGCAAAA